AUGGCCGCUGUGUCGUCCUACUCCUCCCUCCUCCUCCUCCUCGUCGUCGUCGAUGUCGGUGAUUCGAGGCCGGAGGGGCUGGUCGCCGUGUCGGUAUUAAGUGGCCGCUUGUUGUUCUUCUCUCACUGCCUAUGUGUUAUGUGUUUGCCGCCGGCCGCCGUCAUUUUUUGCCAGCGCAACUCGGUGAACUUUUCACCUGUCUGGCCUUUUUUAGCGUCCCUGAGGUGUCGAAGGAACAAGUGGAGUCUUUGACUUGAACUCAAGAAAGAGAAAAAAAGAAGAAAACUGAUUCCUUUCGGCUCCGUCAUGAAAAUUCACGAUCAAAGUUCACCCUUAAAAGUCCUUCAAAUCUACUUGACAACUAAGUUUUCCAUUUGAAGAACCGGUCGGAAUUGAAGAAAACACAUAGGUUGAAAAUAAUUCUCAAAACUUCUUUCUCUUGAAUCUCUGAAGUAAGCUGGGUUGAAAGUUGGUUUACCAUGAUCACGGAGAAUUUGGUUUUUGGCUCAGGACGAUGAUGAUGAUGCGUUAUUGCGCCAAUCUCUUUGCAUUUCGGUGUAUUUGCUGUUGUAUUUGUGUUGCACUUGGUUUGUGGGUGUGUGAGUGAGUAGUUGCGAGCUCUCAAUCGCUCUUCCUUGCUUUCUUUUCUCACCCCGCCUUCUCCUGCUGCUCAGAAUUUGUGGUGCUACUCGACGACAUCCCUUGGGUAAUUGGGGUGCAAAGCGACACAGACAAUCGAGUGAGAGAAGAAGAAAUAGAUUGGAAAAGAAGGAGGUGGAACGCGCAUCUCCUUCUUAUGGUUAUGGACGAUUAGUUGCAGCUAAUCGCUUUUCGCCGUUUUGGUUCCUGGGUCCUUUGCGAGAUACUCAGCGAAAGUUCUGAUUUUUCUCAGGUGCAAAUCUUUAGAAUUUCAUUAGAAUUGAAUUGACUUAUGAGAAGGAUCUCAUCUUUGAAAAAAGUGUUUCAAAUUAUUUAUUUCAACUUUUCUUCUUCGCUUUUAAAAGUCAGAUAAGGACAGUUUUCACGGAUUCUUUUAGGUGAAUCUUGUAGGUUUCCAUUCAAAUGAGUAGGGAAAUGAAGAGUAAAGGAAGUUGCGAUUUCUCUCUCACUCUCUCGACAUAUAUUGCCAAACGCGAGUUUCCCACGGCGGAAAGAUGAGACGAACGCGUGAAAACUUUCGGGAGCGACCUAUUUUGUUCUUUUUUGGCGUCGACGCGCUCCCGCAUUUUCCUGCGAUAACGAUAACGACUGUGGUUUGGUGUACUGCCUGGCCGAUAAGCCGAAGCGAUAAAUUUGUCUUGGCGGCGGCUUGAUGAAAUAUGUGAAAAAAGCAUUCAAAUGGCUGAAAAAACUUCCCUUUUCGGUGGAAUCACAAGGACGUAUGGGAAUCCAACUAAUGUGGUCGUUUUGAAUGUCUCAGCGGGGUUUGUUCUCUUGAAGGGAAAGAAGAUUUCUGCAGAGUCCAAGGGAUGUUACUUAUUGUCAAACGGUUGCCUUCGGUUUGGCUCGCCUUUUGAUCUGCGCGCCGAGGCUCACCGCUGCUGCGAUGACAAUGACCCUGUGGCCUCUUGCGCACUGCCAUCCAUCAAAAAGGGUGCUCGAAAGAACAGGGCGACAACGACCUCCGUUUCUGACCAUUAGAAUUCUUAAUUUCAGCAAUUUUUCUUUCCCAAUUCUCUUACACUUUCUUGAAGUUUCUAUCAAAUAGUUCCUUUUGCAACGUUCAAAACCGCCUAUACGAAAAUACUCUUGGCCAAAAAAAAGGACGCGGGAAAGUGUAAAAGAAAAACGUUAUGAUUCAGGAUUUGUCACACCAAAAGGCAUUCAUGAGCGUCCUUUUUUGGGAGGCGGCGGUUGCGCGAGGCCGACAUUUCACACAGCAGAAAGAGUCUCGGCUUGGUUAGAAAACAAACAAAAAAGAAAACGAAGGUGGUCAUUCGUUUCGGUUAAGAUGGAACAGUUUCGGACUUCAAAAAAGAAAAAAAAGCUUUUAAAAAGAACGAUUUCUUUGGUCUUGUCUAGUGCACUCGACUCACGUCGACAUGACGGCUAAUCGCCUUAAUUACCUCCAAUCCUACUGUGACCGCAACCAGCCAACCAACUAAUCGUCCAAGAACACUUCUACCCAAAACAUCGUGUCAUUUUUAAUGGUUCUUAUCAAUCAAAUGACUUUUCUCGCUCUCAUCUUCCGAACGGCGACGUCUAGCCUCGGGGGAUUUCUCUUUCCGGCGACGUUCAAAAAGAGAUGGCUGUCGAAAGUUUGAAUAAUGAUGGAGCUCUUUCUUCUUGUUAAAGGGGGAUGUUUAGUGUUGGAAGGUUACUUAGUGCCUAGAUUAGAUUGGCCUCCCUUUUCAACCAGCUGGAACCAGUCUAGGCAUCGCCGUCUCUCUUCGCUCUCUCAAUCUCUCGAAAAAUAUGUUGCCGUUUGAAAUUUGGCGUCUCGUCGAAAGUAUUCAGGGAUCGGAGAAGAGACGUUUUUUCAAAAUGUUGCCUGGAAAGGAAGGAAAUAGAUACGACUGCGUUUAUGUUCUGAACGUUUUGUUGAUAAAAGAUCGAAGAACAAAAGGUGAUGGGAAAGGAAUCAACCAGUUCUUAUAGGGAUCCUAAGUUUCACCAAGUUCUACCUAACUGAGUCUUAGUCACAAGCUUGACUAGGCGCUGUGUUCUUUUUUUCCGACGCCUGUCCUCGACCCUCUCGUCUCGCUUCCUUCCUUUCACCGCCACGACGCGUGCACCACCCGCAAACUGCUUGGCGGGUGUCUUGGCGUAUGAGGAUGGCUAAACGAUGAUGUGCCACUUUUGGAAGAGAGUUGCGACCUCACGCAAGGGACUUUCCCAACUUAUUUUGACAAUGAAGGAAACAAUAUGCGAAUAAUUUCAGUUCUUUUUUUUUAAAAGUAGUUCAGAGGAGAAGAACAAAAAAUAUGCUUUUUAAACUGGAAAGGAAAAUCUCAUUUUUAUGAGAGAAUCUGAAGGGAAACAGACAACAAUUUUCUUUUUAAAAAUUCAUUCCAUUUAUGAGUUAUUUCUGAGAAGUUUUAAUCUUUUUUGAGUAGUUUUCUAAUUUGUAGCUUCAAAAUUUCAAUUUCACAAAUUGAAACUCAGAUCAGCUUUUCAUGUUGCUUUGAUUCGAGAUUUCACGAAGAAUUCUGAGUUUCUUGGUGAAAGUGAUAGUUUUAAGUUCUUUGAAGUAUCUUUUCCCUUUGAACCAAUAUGGCGUCACAUCGGUGAUGAGAUCACAUCGUUUGAACGUUUUAUAAGCACGAAGAGAGAGUGUGUGUGUGUGUGGCUAUAGAUUUUCCAGUUUUUGGCCACUUUUUUUCGCCUUCGCCAGCGGUCGUUCACUCUGAUGCCUGUCUGUCGUCGUCGUCGAAUCGCCGGCCACGUCGAACUAUUACAGGGGCCAUCAAGUAUCGGCAAUAUCAAUGUUCUUGGCUUUUGACUCGAGAAAACAGAUGUUCGUCUCCUCUGGGACUGCUCUACAUUUAUUACGACAAAAGUCGGGCUGACCAACCUUUGAGGCAAAAUUUUUAUCGCACCUUCAACUUUCUCUUGGGAAAACAAAAAAGAAAGCGUUUUCUUAUCUUACUGUUCGCUAUUGCAAACGGUUUGCAUUAUGAUAAUGUGUUGAUUGACUUGGAGGACGCGUCGUGUCUCGGUCGGCAGCCCCGAAAAGGCAAGGCGGAGGAGCUUUUUUCAAGGGCUACGCGGAGGUUAAUCCUAUUGAGCAUUAUGCGCCGAUUGGCAUUCAUGAUGGCCCGCCGCGCACUGUCAAAUCUGUUGGAGAUCACCCCGCCAUCGUGGCGUUAAUUAUUCCUGGAAGACCUCCAUAA